AUGGCCUCUCCCGGCACGCGUCGCACGCUGGCUUCGUUGCGGAAUAAGCAGGACAACGACCGGUGCUUUGAGUGCGGGGCUCAUAAUCCAGCGUGGGCCUCAGUCAAGUAUGGCAUCUUCAUCUGCCUAGAGUGCAGCGGCGUGCACCGCUCUUUGGGCGUGCAUCUCAGCUUUGUGCGCUCCCUCACCAUGGACAAGUGGAAGACCGAUGAGCUGGAGCGGAUGAGGCUUGGUGGCAAUCGGCGCCUCAAGGAAUGGUUCGACAGUCAGCCAGAUGUGCAGCCAGGCAUGAACAUGCAGGACAAGUACAACACCCGUGCUGCUGCCUUGUACCGCGACAAGAUUGCAACGGAGGCCAAGGGUGAGGUUUGGGAUCCUCAAAAGUCACCGGCCCGCUCUUGGCUGCCGCCUCGUGCCGCCUCGACCGGUUCGAGCACGAGUGGCGCCACCGGUGGCGGCAGUGCCGACAGCCUCGAAGCCGCCACGGGCAUGAGCCGAGCUGAUAUCACGCGUCAGCGAGACAACUAUUUUGAACAGGCACAGGCUCGCAACGCCUCACGCCGCGAUGAUGUUCCUCCCAGUCAGGGUGGAAAGUACGGCGGUUUUGGUAACCCCAAUUUUCAGGCCCCAUCCACCAAGAGUGGUGGUGGCGGUGACGACCUGCUACAGGAUGCCUUUUCUGCCAUCAGUUUGGGCUGGUCAACCUUCACCCGCACAGCCGCUCAGCUGGCCGAUUCGGUCAACGAAACAGUCGUCAAACCGACGGCUGCCCGGGUCGGCGAUGAGACCUUUUGGCACCAACUUUCUGACAACGUGACUGAAAUGGGUCGUAGCGCGGUCGCCCAUACCACCGAAGGCGUCAAGAACAUCGGUGCGCUGUUGAAGGACGAAAAGCGCAGGUAA